CAUGGUGUCUUUCUUUUGUUUUGGGCAUUAGUUUUCUGUUGUCCAAUGAAUGAGAAAAUCAGUGAAAACUAAGAAUCUGUUGUGGAGUUGUUGCUUUAUAAAUUUCACACGUUUAUUGAACCCUCACUCCAUGUGUUUGUAAGAGAGAGAGAGAGAGAGAGAGAGAGAGAGAGAGAGAGAGAGAGAGAUUGAAAUGAUUGAGGAUGUGGUUAUUGUGGGAGCAGGAAUAGCUGGUUUAGCCACUGCAGUGGCACUGAAGAGAGUUGGUGUUAAGGCAUUGGUGUUGGAGAAAUCAAAUGGGCUUAGAGCCACAGGUGCAGCUUUAACCCUCUUCCCAAACGCUUGGGUUGCUCUUGAUUCCCUUGGAGUUUCUCAAAAGUUGACCUCCGUUUAUUCCACUUUCGAAAGAAUAUAUGUAACCAAUACCAUUACUGGAGAAAUUCAAGAAAUCCCUUCGUCGGGAGCUAUUCGUGCUGGAAAUGAACCCAGACCAGUACACAGGAAAGCCUUGCUCAAGGCUCUCGCAGAUGAACUUCCAAUUGAUUCUAUUCGUUUCUCAAGCAAGAUCACUGCCAUAGAAACCCAAGAACAUGAGGGCUCAUCUCUUGCUGUUGUUCACAUGGAAGAUGAAAUUAUCAUCAAAGCAAAGGUUUUGAUUGGCUGUGAUGGGGUGCACUCAAUAGUGGGAAGUUGGUUGGGACUAGCUGAACCGGUUCAUUCUGGGCGGUCAGCGGUUCGAGGAAUGGCUGUGAUUCCUCAAGGCCAUGGACUAAAGGAAGAAGUCCAGCAGUUUGUUGGUGCAGGCAAAAGGAUUGGUUUUGUUCCCCUGACUAAAACAGAUGUUUAUUGGUUCCUAACUUGUGCCUCUGCUGAUAAAGAUGCCUACUUGGGAGGAAACCCUGAAGCAAUUAAGAGUGAAGUGCUUGAAAAAUAUGCCAAUGACUUGCCCGAACUAUAUCAAGACAUUAUCAAUCACUCUGAUCUUUCAACAUUGACAUGGGCACCGUUAAUGUUCAGGAAACCAUGGAAGGUAGCAUUUGGAAACUUGUGCAAGCAAAACAUCACAGUGGCCGGCGAUGCCAUGCAUCCUAUGACACCGGACUUGGGACAAGGCGGUUGUUCAGCACUUGAAGAUGCUGUGGUGUUGGGUAGGCACAUUGGGGCCUGCAUCGCACAAAAAGGAGGACUUGUCCCUAGAGAGAUGAUUAAAGCAGUAUCUAAUUAUGCAGAGGAAAGAAGGUGGCGAGUCACUUGGUUGGUCACUGGCUCCUUCUUGUCAGGGUGGGUUCAGCAUGGUGGCCCUAUGUGGGGGCUGAAGUUCUUCAGAGACGCCAUCUUUUACAAAUUUGUUUUCCCAAGGAUUGCUAGAGUUAUGCAUUACAAUUGUGGGAAACUUGCGUAGAGUCUCCAUUCCUAUGAAGCACAAGUUUUCUAAAUGAAGAUAGAAAUUCACAUCUUUAACAUCAUUUGUCUCACUAGAGGAUUUUAGUCUUUGUCCCGGGUUUGUUUCCAGCUUUUUUAUAUAUUAAUUUAUUUUUGUUAUAGUAAUAAUGAUGAUAAUAAUAAUAAGGGAUAUGAUUAUUACUUCCCAAAGAGAAUGUUACUUUGAUGCACAAGCAAGUUGAUGGCAUAACAAGUGAUGACCCAGUUGGAGUUUGGAUUGUUGUUAUCGAGGUUCUUUGUGUACAGUUUCAUUUCUCUUAAUUGUAAUAUUUCAAUCCAGAUAUAUCUAUAUCAUUUCAUGAUAUGAGGAGAAAA